AUGGAAACUCGUCGAUGUCGACGACGCGACUCACCGGAGCGGAGGCGUGUCUCACCUCCGCAACGUGUCGGCCAGCCGGAGCGAGAGGUGCAGCGAGAGCAGGUUUUUCGUGCUCCAGAGUUCGAGGACGGGAACCAGCCACCACCACCAACUCCUUCGCCUCCACCACCACCUCCACCAUCUUCUACACCACUGCCACCUCCACCUCCAUCACUUUCGUUACCAAGAACACCAGUACACUCACCUGUUCUGUCACUUUCUCUGUCACCACUGCCUCAAAUGACGGUUACACAUGGGGAAUUGCAGCAAAUGAUGCGCAGCAUAGGCGAUACACAGCAGCGGAAUGAACAUCUGCAGGCACAGCUUGAUUUCUUCCGCCAGGAGGAGCAGGACGAAGUUGUAGAAAAAACUUACACGCAUUCACACAUAUAG